CCAAAAACAACCCAGUGUCUCUAAACAUGGCGGUGAGUUUUAGCAACACCGGCAUUCUCACCGCCUCCACUCCCCGCCGCCGCCACCGCCACAAACUCAUCUCCCGCCGGGCAAUGGCCUCCGUCACCGAGGAGGUCGAGAUUCGAGUGUGCGUCAACCGUAGCUGCGGUCGUCAAGGUUCCAGAGAGAUCUUAGAGGCGAUCUCCGGCCUCGCCCCGCACGACCUCGCCGUGGCCUCUUGUGGAUGCCUCGGACGCUGCGGCGCCGGCCCAAACCUCGUCGUCCUCCCUCCUGGAUCCAUCGUCAGCCACUGCGGUACCGCCACGCGGGCUGCGCAGCUCCUCGCUGACCUUCUCGGGCCGAAGUUUGAUGCGGAACGGAACCUUGAAGCACUGGCGAUGAGGAAGAUGGGUGAGAAGGAGCUGGAAAUGAAGAACUUCUCAGAAGCCGUGGUCCUUUUCUCUCAGGCAAUUGAUUUGGAGCCAUCUGGAGGUUGUCAUUUGAUUUAUAGAAGCAGGUCUGUUGCAAGAUUAGCCAUGGGAGAUAAUGCCGGUGCUCUCGAUGACGCAGAAGAGGCGGCAAAUAUAGCUCCAAAGUAUCCUCAGGCUUAUCUUUCUCAAGGUGAUGCUUACAUGGCGAUGGAGAAAUGGACUGCAGCGGAGAAGGCAUAUUUAAAUGCAUUACUGAUCGAUCCAUCAAUUCGUCGUUCAAAAUCAUUCAAGGCACGGAUCGCAAAGCUUCAAGAGAAGCUCGUUGCAUUAGAGGCCGCCUGAUGUCAAACCCGAGCAGAUACCGUUAACAGGCAUGAUGCUUACCAUUUUCAGUUAAUCUGAAAAUCAAAAGAAAGCAGAAAUCAGACAUCCUUAGUGUUUAUGUCUAAUUGAUUUCUAGUGCUUAUAUGAACUGAGUUUUCAUGCAAGGGUCGUCAGUUUUCAGUUGUGACUUUUCAUCGAUGAAAUAUCCGGUUUGUAACUUGUAUAAUGCCGAAAUGUGCUGUCAUAUAUGUAUAUAAUUGGUGUAUUUUUCACCAAAUAUAUUUACAAUGCAAUGAAGUUGGUCUUCUUGGAAGUAAAAAUGUUUCCAUUUAUGUCA